GCGCGUGCCAUCGUAACGUAAUUCUUCAAACAAAAUAACCUUUCAUUUUCAGUGUUUUAUUACACAGUCGUUGCGAGUAUGGACACGGAGGUCGCGAGUGUACCGAAUAUAGCGAACAGCAGGGAUACGGCGGAGGAGAUGGUUUGGAUGAAGCCGCGAUCGCUUACUCAAGAGGAGAUUUUGCGACUGGCGAGAGCUCAGGCAUACGCGGUUCGUGUUACCGUGGAUAAUAAAAAAAUGGACGAGGAGGAAGAGGAUGAUAAGCAAGACAUAACUUCAUCGGUUCCUAACGGCACUGGCGACGAUAAGGUGCGUGAGAGAGGCCAGGCGGGCAGUCCGGUUGACGCCGCCGCCGCCGCCGCCACCGCCGGCCUCUAUGUUGGUAACGAGUUCGUAAUACCCGAAGGUUGGCCCCUGACCCUCGGUGGCCACGGACUCGUCCUCAGGUUGGGCGAGUUGGAGGCCUCGGCGCUUCGUCUCGGGGAAUGCUAUCUGUGCGUGCGCAGCGCGGCUGCGAGCGCCAAAUCGACUGCGACGACAAUCCCGAGGACUACCCUGGCGACGACGGCACAGCAAGGCAACGCCAACGCCGCCGGAGCCGCUACUGGAGCUGCUAACGCGCUCGAGAGGAAUACUGUCGAGAUAGCCCUGGUGUGGCGAGCGACGCCGAUGCGGGCCCCGGGGAUACUCGGCUGGGACCGGGAGGACGAGUUUAUGGACUGGCGCGAGCCGAACUCCAACUCGCACAAGCCGUCGCCUGGCUCCUCGAGCCUCUCAUCAUCCUCGUCGGCCUCCUCCUCCGCGGCGGACUCGGCCAGCGCCAGGUGGCGCAACAACGACUAUCUGCAGCAGCGCCAGCAGCAGCAGCAGCAGCAGCAACAACAGCAAAAGCAACAGCAGCAGCAGCAACAACAACAACAGCAGAAGCAUCAGCAACAUCGUCACCGAGCGCACCACGAGAGCCGCUCGACACAGAGGCAUAAUUACAACGGGACCGAGCUGCCGUUGGACGUCAUCGGGCACGACGUCGUCAAAUCAAAGUCGUCCUCGAGCGUGGAUGCUUGGGCGGAGGAGGCGAGAGCUGCGAGCGAGCGCAGAUCCACGAGCUCUGGUAGAUGCGCCAACAGGAAUCUCGAGGCCCACGGCCUUUCCUUAAACGCGUCUGAGACGAGAAACAAGCUGAAGCGAGGCACGCGCGUCGUCUCGCCCGCGGCCAUGGAGAAGUGGAAGGAGACGACGCGGUGCGAGACGCGGAGCCGCGUCCUCGCGCCCCACGAUCUCGCUAGUCCCGUCGGCCUCGAGUCUGUCGCAGGUCAGCCACAGCUACAGCAGCAGCAGCAACUCCAACACCACCACUACUAUAACCACCACCACCACCACCAUCACCAGCAGCAACCCGCUUCCGGGAUCGGCAGCUUAACGGGGAGCAACGUUUCGAGGGUAUCUCGCGACCCGAGGAGGUCUCGGACCUUGAGCUACCUGCCUACAUCAGUGCCCUCCUUGUCACCGUCGAACGCAAGAUCGAAAGGGUCUCGAUCGACGAUCUCACCUUCCCCUGUACCGCUUGCCGGAAUAUCGACACCGACGACCCGCUCCUCGGCUGCAAGUGUGCCGGUAACGGAUGCGAGUGCGGUACCGAGACGAGCUGCGGAUGCGUCGCCGAGCAGAGCCUCCCCGAGGUGCGGAGCUUCGAGGUAG